AUGGGAGACAUGGGGGAUCCGCCGAAAAAGAAGCGGCUGAUAUCUCUGUGCGUGGGCUGCGGGAACCAGAUCCACGACCAGUUCAUCCUGCGGGUCUCCCCGGACCUGGAGUGGCACGCCGCCUGCCUCAAAUGCGCCGAGUGCAGCCAGUACCUGGACGAGUCCUGCACGUGCUUCGUCCGGGACGGAAAGACUUACUGUAAACGGGACUACAUCAGGUUGUACGGCAUCAAGUGCGCCAAGUGCAACAUUGGCUUCAGCAAGAAUGACUUCGUGAUGCGGGCCCGCUCCAAGGUCUACCACAUCGAGUGUUUCCGCUGCGUGGCCUGCAGCCGGCAGCUCAUCCCGGGGGACGAGUUCGCUCUGCGGGAGGACGGGCUCUUCUGCCGGGCCGACCACGACGUGGUGGAGCGCGCCCGCCUGGGCUCCGGCGGCGACCCGCUCAGCCCGCUGCACCCCGCCAGGCCGCUGCAGAUGGCAGCAGAACCGAUCUCGGCGCGGCAGCCCGCGCUCCGGCCCCACGUCCACAAGCAGCCGGAGAAGACCACGCGCGUGCGCACGGUGCUCAACGAGAAGCAGCUGCACACGCUGCGGACCUGCUACAACGCCAACCCGAGGCCGGACGCGCUCAUGAAGGAGCAGCUGGUGGAGAUGACCAGCCUCAGCCCGCGCGUCAUCCGCGUGUGGUUCCAGAACAAGCGGUGCAAGGACAAGAAGCGGAGCAUCCUGAUCAAGCAGCUGCAGCUGCAGCAGCCCAACGACAAGACGAACAUCCAGGGAAUGACGGGCACCCCGAUGGUGGCGGCCAGUCCUGAGCGGCACGACGGCGGCCUGCAGGCCAACCCGGUGGAGGUGCAGAGCUACCAGCCGCCCUGGAAGGUGCUCAGCGACUUCGCCCUGCAGAGCGACAUCGACCAGCCGGCCUUCCAGCAACUGGUCAGCUUCUCGGAGGGAGGACCGGGGUCGAACUCGACGGGCAGCGAGGUCGCGUCCAUGUCGUCUCAGCUUCCAGACACGCCGAACAGCAUGGUGUCCAGCCCCAUCGAGGCCUAG